GAGGCAUUGGACUACUUGGCUUCCGUUCGGCAAUCGCCACCUGGGGUCUGGGUGCGGUUGAUGGUGAGAGCGGAAAAUCAGGCGACGGUUCGUCUCUACCGGAGUUUGGGGUUUGCGGAGGCGGGGAAAUGCACUCUUGUCGAGGCUUUGAUUGCAAACGGGGAGAAGAACAUCUUGCCAGAAGAUAUUAGUGGGGAGAAGUACGAUACGAGAGUUUUACUGAUCAUGAAGCUGGAGAUGACUCGGUCGGCAUGA